GCGUCCUGCCGCAGCGCCAUGAGAGAUGGCGGUUCCUGUAUACUGCACAGGCUGGACUCCAGUCCAGUCUCACGCAGCUGGAUAAAAUCUAUUGAGCAUAACGCAUUUAUCCACUACAAAACCCUCAGUGUCCCCGAAUGUCUAAUUAAAACCCAAAUAUCGUAUAAUAAGUUAAACGUGACUCUGUUCCUGUAGACGUCCAUGUUGGCAGAGUUCAAAACGAAACCAAAAAUGUCUAACCCUAACCCUGUAUGGUUUCGUUUUCAAAAAACAGGGUGCCUGAACACAGCGGAGAGCGGUCUGCGACACCAGUCGGUGCUGAUGGAGUCUGAUCAUGGAUGAGGACCUGGACCCUGCCGAUGAAAAUGUGAACUCCAUCUUGGCUCAGGAAUACUCAGAACUGCUCAGCAUCCUUCGCUGUCAGACGGACUCCGUCAUAAUGCAUCUCUGCCAAACGAUGCCUAGUGACGCCGUUAUGCUUAACAAGGCACCAACCAUCGGCUCUGCUACAGCACCAGACCACAUUAAAGCCAUGCUGGAGUACUUCACACAUGCUAACCCUGCAGAAUGCUGCAACUUCCUUCAGAGGGUUUGUCUUUUAUGUGAAGACAUCCCUAUGCAUCUGGAGUCGAAGCUCAUGUCUGUGGCUGGAUAUGCCAGCAGUAAGUAUGGUACUUCAAGCGUAACAGAUUGGCAGCCUUUAAUGCCACCUGCAGAGGAGCAAGUCAUCAAACGCCCACGGAUUGAUUACUGGGAGCAGUACAAGACUGAAGUGGCAAGUUUCCUGCAAAGGAGGUGGAAGCGAAUGUCCGAGGGUCUGGUGAAGGAUACACAGCCGGACAAAGUUUGGGUCAGCAUAAAAACUGCAAACAGAGCCAGGGACAGACCCGAUCAGACCCCCAGCUCUGCAGAAAGAGGCAGCAGAACACCAGAGCCUGACUGUGAUUACGGAUGUCCAGAGUCCAGACUCACUCUUGAGAGCUUUCUGCAAGGAUGUGCAGGAAAAGUGACAGUUCUUUGUGGUCAACCUGGAUCAGGAAAGACUGCGCUGAUGUCCUCUCUUGGGCAGCAAUGGGCUGAAGGAUUAGGCCCGAUUCCUUCAUCCCACCUCUUUGUCCUGCUGGAGUUUCGUCAGCUAAACCUUCUGUCCUCCCCUCUCUCUCUGUCUGAGCUGCUGUUUCACCACUACCUCCCAAUGAACGGGGAUAAUGACGCAAAGCAAGCCAUUGUGGACUACCUCAUUUCCAACCCAGAGCAGAGCUGCUGGGUUCUGGAUGGCUACGAUGAGUUUCAGAAAAAACUGAAGAAACAGAAAGUUCAAAAUGAGCCGCUGGACUCAGAAAAACCUCUGCAUGUCGCAGAGCUCAUCUCGGGCUUGUUGAACCGUCGACUUCUGGCAGGAAGCAGCGUGCUGGUCACAUGUCGUCUACGAGAUGUGAUCGAUUUGGACGGUCUGCCGGACAAAGUGGGGCAGCUGCUGCCAUGGGACCACCAGGAGAUCAAGGAGUAUAUCAAAAGCUUCUUUGAUCUAAAGGAAGGAAAUCUUGGACCUGAUGCAGCAGGCAUACUUUUCUCUAAUCGACACCUCCUUGCCAUGUCCUCCCUCGCUGCCCUCUGCUACAUCUGUUGCGUCUUUCUGCAAAACCUACUGCGACAAUGCCGAGAUGAAGAAGGGAGGCAGAUACUGAAAGAAAAAGGAGCAGAAGCCAAGAAUCAGGAUCAAGAAAAAUGGGAACCAAUGGCUGGUGGAGAGGGCAACUUACAAAGAGCACAACAAAGCAAACAAACUCUUAAGGGUGAACCGACAUUUAUGCAUGAUAAAAAAAUAAGCCCAGGGUUAUCAUGCACUUUAGCGCUAAUCCCUGCAACCCAGACUCAGAUCUACCUCGCUGCUGUUGGUGCGUUUCUCAGUCGGUACCCUCAGCAAAGAGCACAAAGAGACGGUGCAGAGACCCCAGGAAUUCCUCACAGUCUGUAUUCAGCUGAACUGUGUGAGCUAAGCCAGCUGGCAUGGCGAGGUGUGGAGGAGAGCAGGAUUGUCUUUUUGGAAGAAGACGUUCCACGUCAUAUUUUGGAUUUAUCCAUCAAGACCGAACUCUUCUCACAGGUGGAGUUCAGAUCGCAUGGUGGAUUUCUCGCCAGCGCUUACUGCUUCAUUCAUCUCACGGUGCAGGAGUUUCUGGCUGCGCUCAGGAUCAUGACCAGCAGUGAUGUUAGUGAUGCAGACUUGAAGAAGAGAUUCAGCCUGAAAACUCGUUGGACGACUAAGUCUGACCAGAAGACAGUAUUUACUGAUUCCCUCUACCUGUACGUCUGUGGUCUGGCUUCGUCAGACUGCACUCCAGCUCUGGUUCUUGUUGCCAAGGCAGCUGGUGUAAAAGGAGCCCAAAAUUGGGUCCAAAAACGCCAAGCCCUCGUUCUGAAACUACUGAAAGCUUUGUGUCACAGCGCCGCUCUGACUGGACCAAAGAUUUUGCAGCUCUGCCACUGUGUUCAGGAGAGCCAGAACCAACAACUAGCGCAGCAGGUUGUGAGUGUGCGACCCACCCUGGAGCUGAGGAACUUCUGGCUCUUACCCAGUGAUAUUGAUGCGCUGGCAUUUGUGGUCAAUUCAGUUAACAACACCGGUGUUGGUUUGGACUUUGGCGCCUGCUCGAUGGAGCUGGAGUGUUUAGAUGCUUUAUCCCAGUGUCAGUACCUUCAUUUCCUCAGUUUUCGCAGCCGCAAGUAUGGCGAUAAGUUUGCAGAGAAGCUGUCCUCCGUUCUACCUCGAUUCACAGCGCUAAGAAAACUAGAGUUCUGUGGUGCCAGUCUGACUGCUGCAGGGGCUGCGAGUUUGGCCUCUGGUUUGCAGAGCUGUCCCAGCAUCACUGAACUCAAUUUUAGUGACAAUAAUCUGCAAAAUGAAGGAAUCAGACACAUUGCUGACAUUCUUGCCAAACUACAAAACCUGGUCUCUGUAAAGCUGGGACGAAAUAACACUUCCUUGAAAGCAGCAGAGUGUCUUGUUGAACGUGUGUCUACUUGUUUGAACAUCCCUCAGGUUGAUGCAGAUGGGGUAAAAGAGUUAACAGUAACUUUUUCACAAAAAUCUGAUUCAAACAGCCAUAAAAUUAAGUCAGAGCCAACAGUGAGAUUGUUGAAUCAGAAGUGGAGUAAAUCUACCAUGCAAAACCUUGCCAAGUCGCUGUCCUGCUUUCGCUCCAUGUCUGUUCUGGAUCUUUCUGGAGGCGAUUGGGACGAGGAGAGUUUGAGAAUGCUGACUCAGUUUGUGCCAAGGUUCUGCAUCACUGAGAGGAUUAUCUUGAAUGGCAGCUGCUCAUCAGUGCAGGGUGUGGUUGAUAUCACCUCCUUGCUGUCUGACUGUGAUUCUGUGAUGGACAUAAACAUCAGGCUGCAGGAUCCAGUUGAAGUUUCUGUUGUUUUCUCUGGAGGGAGAGAUAGAACUAAACAAUUUUUUUCCAAAACUCUCUGCCUUAGCUGCUGUAAUCUUCAACCCAAUGACCUGGAAAGAGUUUGGAGAAGUUUGGGAACGUCCUCUGAUCUCUCUCAUUUUGACUUGUCCUUUAACAAAUUAGGCGACAAAGGACUAAAGAAGUUGUUGGAUUUCCUGCCUCAUCUCAGCCGAGUCCAACAAGUGAAUUUCAGCACCAAUAGCAUCAGCGUGGAUGGAGUGGUAAUGCUGGCAGAUGCUUUGUGUGUCAUUCACAGAUUAACAUCAAUAUACACAAGUAACGGAGGCAAAGACCAGGUGAUGCUACAGUUCAGUUCUGACACAAGUGAUGAAAAACCUAACACAAAGAUAUUCAGAGUUCAUGAAACCUCACUGACACCAUGUGAUGUAAACAAAGUGUGCAGGAAACUGGUCCAGUGUCGCUUCAGUUUGGAGUUGGAAUUCACUCGAUGCUCAUUUAUUGAGAAAUCUAUUGAAAAUCUGAUGAGAGUGUUGCCAAAGAUGUUGUCCUUUCGGAGGCUCAACGUUAGUGACAGUAUCUCGUCCCCUGAUGAUGCGCUCGCACUAAUCAGCUGUUUCUCUGGCAAUCAUCGAGUCUCAUCAGCAGAGCUCAGUCCUCAGGGUGAAUCCUUCAUUUAUUUUGAAGAGGUAAAGAUGGAAGAAGUAAGCUGCAGGCUGACAGAUUUUUCUUUCAAAGGACCCAACUACGUAUUUUUGGACAGCCUAUUUGGGAUUCUGCAGCAGGCCCAGCAGCUCUCUUUUCUUGAUUUAUCAGGAAACCAGCUGGAAGAUGUAGGGGUGAGAUGUUUAUUGAAAUAUCUCCCAAGGCUUAGAGUCAGCAGCUACAUAAAUCUUAGUAAGAACAGCCUGAGCCGGCUAGGGCUGUUAGAUGUAGCCAGAACCCUGUGUACCUGCACUAACGUUUCUGCUGUGGAAGUCAGUUUGGGGGAAGAUGAAAGGUGUCUGAUAUGGUUUAGACAAAAAGAAGAAGGUGAAAAAACUCUCAGUGUCAGAGACAGCAUGCUGCAACGUGACCAUCUGCUGGAAUUAGCAGAGGUUGUGUCCAGCUGUCCCAGUUUGACCAAAGUAGAAUUAAAGAACAACAAGCUGCAGUCUGAGUGGAUUGAAAACUUUGUGACAGUUUUUAACUGUAAUCUAAAAGGAUGCACUUUCAGUAUUGAAGAAUGUUGGAUUGGCACUGAUGAAGCUGUGCGCUUACUGUGCCGCUGCCUGCAGCUCUGCAAACCCAUUCAAACGAUCAGGAUCGACCAUGCUACACUACAGCUGGUCCUGAUGAAAAACUCUGAAAUCAGCCAAAUCAGUUUCUCCAAUAACAGACUGGGUGUGGAAGGAGCUGAAUUACUCUGUUCUCUUCUGCCCUCAUUGCCAAAGCUCACAUCUAUCAGUGUUGGAAUUAAAGACAAUAACAUCUGCGUGGUUGAGGAGCUCUUACACGUCAUCCUGAUGUCUACAUCUGUUCAGUUUUUAAGCCUGUCUGGUGUUUUGAUAAGUGAUGCAGCGGCUCAGACCUUGAUCGACUUGCUGCCUCGGCUUCAAUCACUCAAUUUGUCCCAUUGUGUUUGGUCAGCAGCUGCAAGGCUGCAGCUUAUUGAAGCACUGCAGGACUGCACUGCUUUAGAAGAUCUUUGUCUGGAUGCAGCAAUGCAGCUGAAUGAAAACGGCUGUAGAUGUUUGGCUCAAGCUCUGAGGAUUAUGGACUCUUUAAAGAUUCUCAAGCUGAACGAAAUCAUAAAAACCUCAGAACCAUCAGAAGGAGAUGCUUUGGACCUUCUGGCUGGAAUAGAAAAGCUCACUCAGAUCCAGCAGAUAGAGUUAGGUGGCUGGAGGAUGGCUGAUAGAGGAUUACAGACACUGACUGGAAUCCUUCCUGUCUGGAAAAACCUCAGGAAGAUCAGUCUCCCUAAGAAUCUCCUGAGUGAUUCCUGUGGAGAGAAGCUGCUGGAAGCUUUGAGGAGUUGCAUCCAUCUGGAGGAGCUCCAUCUGUCCAGUAAUUUUUUGGGUGACCUCACGGCUGCCAGAAUGUCUCUUGUCCUCCCAUCAAUGACGCAGCUCGCUGUACUGGAUAUUUCGGAAAACAGAAUCGGAAGCGAGGGCCUGCUCAGUCUGUCCAAAGCAAUAAUGGGCCUAAAGAGCCUCAAAAAGAUCCACUUGACGUCUGUGGGGGAUGCAGAGCUGAGUGCUGUCGCUGCCAGUUUGAGCCACUGUCCCGUCAUACAGGAUGUGGGCUUUGGUUGGAAUAACUGCGGAGACGAUGUGGCGCUGGAGCUCUCUAAAGUUCUUCCUUUUUGCCACGAUCUGAAUCGCAUCGACCUGGAGUGCAACAGUGUGAGUGCUGUGGGAGUGGAAGCUCUGGUUAAAGCAUUAAGGUCCUGCCCUGCUCUACAAGUCAUCAGGCUGUGGAAGAAUAACGUCUCUCUGAGUGAAGCUCAGACGUUCAGCCAGAUGGAGAGGAGACUGAACUUCUCCUCCACCUAAUGUGAUCUGUACCGCAGGGCAGAGGAGAUCAAACUGCAGCUUCACCACCUACUUCUUCUGGCACAAACAAAUAUAUUUAUCUUUUCCAGAUGUGUUAUUAAAUGAUGUACAGAAAGGCGGAGAGAAGACAUAUUUUUGUCUGCUUUAAAGCAUGAAUGCUGCAUAUCUGAGCCUCUAGUUUUGCAAGAGAAAAUUUUUGUUCCAGUUGUUUUCACCGUUUUUGUCCCUCAUAGGUUAGAAAACCAUCACAGAUUUGUCUCUGAAGCAACCAACUGGGUUAAUUUGGUCAAUGAAAAUAUAGAAAUUACAUUUUCUAAAAAUGUACAUCAGCUGAGUCUUAGGAAAAAAAAAAAAAAAAAAAAUCUGUCUAAGUUUGUACCACAGAUCUCAGAAGUUGUAACAACUGUAAUGAGCUUGUUAUUUUUGAUCUGAUGUGAUCCCCCAGGACACAGUUUCUGCUACGAAACUAAAGGCCACCUUUUAUGUUUUUCUUCUUAUUUUGGCACUGGAAUACUUUUCUUUGUAUUUCUGCAGACUCUGAUUUAAUGAGUCACUUUGCACUGUGUAACAGGGACCACAUUUGUGAAAAACACCAUAAGUCAAGAAUCUGCUGUAAACAGGGGGUUUCCUCCCUGAUCAUCAUGAAAGGUUGUGGUCUCUGUCAGAAUACGUAUUUAUUUCUGCUUUAAAUGGAAGGAUGAGCAGCUUAUUUUUUUAUUAUCUAUUUAUGUUUUGUUGAAACAGUUUUUGCAUGGUUUUCAUCUUGUAUUAAUUUUCUAUCUUAAGACUACUUGAUAAAAUGAGAACAGAAUUGGUUUUGAAAUGUCUGCACCUUAUUGUGUGCUUUGCUCUUUUACUUGUAAACACUGGUGGAAAAAAAUGGCCUUUUGGGUUUUUAUGUGGACCAGCAUAUUUUGUUAAUGUUUCAGCUUUCACAGAACUUCCUUUUUGUCUAUACCUAUGGUACAAACACUGUCUUGUUUUUUUUUCUAUUUUGAUUUAAGCUGUUUGCUCCAUUUACACAUUUUGUGCCAGUUUGAUUUUAUUUUAUGCCAUUCCAUAGACAAGGAAUGUAUAUAUUUUGCUAUCAACUUAAAAAAAAAACUAUUCCAAACUGUUUUUCAGGGUUUUUGUAUCCCAUUUUUGUAUUUAUUAUGUGUUUUUUUUGUU